GACUGCAGAAAGUGGCACAGAUGACUCUGAUGAUGAUGAUUAUCCAGAAGAUCUAUCUACAAAUCACAUGAACAGCUCCUUGCUGACCUUAUACAAGAAGGGAAAUCCUGAUUCUGUUCUGGCAACUCCAAAAAAUGAAUCAUUGGAAACGCCUCCUCCUGUGCAAGCAGCAACCCCCCAUACAAGCACUCUGGCACCGGGGACUCGAGUUGAAACAAGGAUCUCUGAAGGCGGUUGGUUCAUUGACAAAACUCCCUCUAGAAAAGACUUCUUCACUGACCUUUCUGAGGACGGAGAGGGAGGUGAGAAGAAACUGAUUUCUAAGAAAUCAACAGAUUUUUCUGUCUUGGAGAGUGAACAAAAGAAAACAAAGGGGAAGAGAGCAAAAAGAAAAAAAGAAGAAAUUCCAGAUGUAGAUGAAGAAAUUGAGUCUAUCUUGCUUAAACAGAAGGUUAAAAGUAAAGGACCAGAACUCUACCACCCUUCAGUGAGGUUUGAGGAUGUAGGAGGCAAUGAUGAAACUCUGAAGGAAAUCUGUAAGAUGCUCAUUCAUGUCCGUCAUCCUGAAGUCUAUAACCACUUAGGGGUGAUCCCACCUCGUGGUUUUCUUUUACAUGGACCCCCAGGAUGUGGAAAGACACUGCUUGCACAGGCAAUUGCUGGGGAACUUGAACUCCCAAUGCUGAAAGUAGCAGCAACAGAGAUGGUGUCCGGAGUGUCAGGGGAAUCUGAGCAGAAACUGAGAGAAUUGUUUGAACAAGCUGUGUCCAAUGCGCCGUGCAUCCUUUUUAUAGAUGAGAUUGAUGCAAUCACCCCAAAAAGAGAAGUUGCAUCGAAGGACAUGGAGCGAAGAAUUGUUGCCCAGCUUUUAACUUGCAUGGACGACUUGAAUAAUGUGGCUGCCACUGCCCAGGUUCUUGUGAUUGGAGCAACUAACAGACCUGACUCACUGGAUCCUGCACUGAGACGAGCUGGGAGAUUUGAUCGAGAAAUUUGUUUAGGGAUUCCAGAUGAAGUGGCAAGAGAAAAAAUUCUAAAGACUCUGUGUCGAAAACUUAAGCUCCCCGAGUCCUUUGAAUUUCGUCAUUUAGCCCAUAUGACUCCAGGUUACGUAGGGGCCGAUCUGAUGGCGCUUUGUCGUGAGGCAGCUAUGUGCACAGUGAACAGGAUCCUGAUAAAAUCUGAGGAGCACAAACGGAAAUGCAUACAGGCUGGCGGAAACACAGCUGAAGAAAGCAUGGAAAUUGGAACAGCAGUCCUGGUGGAAGAGGAUACCAAACAACUAGAGCUUCCUUCCGAGGAUGAAUUGCAAAGACUUUUGGAUUUGCUGAAGCAGGAAGAUCCCUUGCCUGAGGAGCAGCUGCAAAAGCUGUACAUUGAGAUGAACGAUUUUAUUGUUGCACUGUCGUCAGUGCAACCCUCUGCCAAGAGAGAAGGCUUCGUCACAAUUCCUGACGUGACGUGGGCAGAUAUUGGAGCUUUGGAGGAUGUUCGAGAGGAGCUGACCAUGGCAAUACUGGCACCUGUGCGGAAUCCAGAGCAGUUUAAAGCUCUGGGCCUGACUACUCCAGCUGGUGUUCUCCUUGCAGGGCCUCCUGGGUGCGGUAAAACUCUGUUAGCUAAGGCUGUGGCAAAUGAGUCUGGACUGAACUUCAUAUCUGUGAAGGGUCCUGAACUACUAAAUAUGUAUGUUGGUGAAAGUGAACGUGCUGUACGCCAGGUAUUCCAGCGUGCCAGGAAUUCAGCCCCUUGUGUCAUAUUUUUUGAUGAAGUUGAUGCUUUGUGCCCGCGGAGGUCUGACCGUGAAUCAGGAGCCAGUGUCCGAGUAGUUAACCAGUUACUCACUGAGAUGGAUGGCCUGGAGAAUCGUCAGCAAGUCUUCAUUAUGGCUGCCACCAACAGGCCAGAUAUAAUUGACCCAGCUAUCCUGCGUCCUGGUAGACUUGAUAAAACACUCUAUGUGGGUUUGCCGCCACCUGAGGAUAGAUUUGCUAUUUUAAAGACCAUCACCAAAGAUGGCACUCGCCCUCCACUAGAUGCUGAUGUAAAUCUUGAAGAUAUUGCUUUUAGUCAACACUGUGAUUGUUACACGGGGGCAGACCUUUCCGCUUUAGUGCGUGAAGCUUCUAUUUGUGCCUUGAGACAGGAAAUGGCCCAGCAGAACAGCAAAAGCAAGAAAGGCGAAAUCAAGAUUUGCCGUAAACACUUUGAAGAAGCUUUUAGGAAAGUGAAAUCCUCAGUGUCUAAGAAGGAUCAAGUAAGGUAUGAAGAACUGCGCCAGUCACUGCACAGAUGA